CGCUUCCUUCGACCAGGGUUGCCAUUGACUACGGGCUCCACUCCAUGGCGCUGGUGAUCAGGAACCUGCAGCGUGCGGUGCCGCUCCGCAGGGCUCGGCUGCGACGGGACUGCCAGGUCCUGAGUCAGAUCCUAGGCCUCGGCCACUUUGACUUGGGACUGAUCUGUGUGGACAACCAGCGAAUGCGAAUCCUAAACGGACGCUACCGAGAGCAGGAGGCGGCCACCGACGUGCUGUCCUUCCCCUUCCAUCAGGAUCUCAGACCAGGAGAUAUUCCCAAACUCUUACAUCAGGAUGAAUAUAACCUCGGAGACAUCUUCUUAGGCGUAGAAUACAUCCACAAACAAAGCCAAGUAUAUGGGCAAGAUUUCUACAAUGUACUAACAGUAGGUGACCACAUUACAUGGAAUCUGCCAUCUGCUCGGGUACAUGCACAACACAGAAACUGAGUGGAAGCAGAUGUUCCAAAGGGAAUUCAACACCCUUCAAAUGUUUAAUAUACUUACUGGGGCCAGUCUUAAGCCAUUAACUCAGAAUAUCUUCUCAACACAUACUUAGGUAAAUCGUGGAAUCACUUGAAUUUUACUUUUUUUUAAAAUUAUGGAACAUAGAACAGUACAGCAUAGGAACAGCCCCUUUGGCCCACAAUGCCUAUGCCGAACAUGGUGCUAAUUUAAACUGCCUGCACAUGUUUCACAUCCCUUAAUUCCCCGUGCAUUUCUGUUCCUAUCUAAAAGCCUCUAAUACCACUAUUGUAUCUGCUGUGUCCAUCACUACCCCUGGCAGUGCACUCCAGGUAUUGGGUUAUGAAAGCCAUUUUCUUGUACUAUACUAGUAAAAGCAUCAUACUAAUUUAGGAUACUUUUUCUUUUGCCUGAGAUUCAUUUUCAAGGUAAGAAACGUCAUAUUAAAGAUUAAUGUGGAUUGAUUGGAAAGUAAAGCCAACUUUCUUGCUACCUUACAAUUGUCUUCUAUGCUCAAAGUUUUGUCCUGUUUUUCCAUUCCCCACACCAAUAUCCUUUCCUCAGUAAAUUACAUUGGUCAUUUAGUGCCUAUGUCCAUUAGUGGUUCCCUGAAUGUUUUUCUAGUUAGAUCACACUUUCAACAAACAGCUUCUUAAAAAUACUGUUUAAGAAGGAACUGCAGAUGCUGGAAAAUCGAAGGUACACAAAAAGGCUGGAGAAACUCAGCGGGUGCAGCAGCAUCUAUGGAGCAAAGGAAAUAGGCAACGUUUCGGGCCGAAACCCUUCUUCAGACUGUUUGGGAGAUUGCGACAAGACAUUUAAAAACUAUAAUUUCAGAUUGAGCAAUUUAUAUUAACAGACCGAAUGUGGUCACACUACCUCAACAAAUUAGCCUCCACCUCAACAAAUACAGUUAUUUUCAUUGCUGAUUACUGGAAUGUGGACAUUGCUGGCUGGUGCACGUCCAUUGUUUGACCCUACCUGCCUUGCUGUUCUGGUAAUCAGGCCUCGACCCGCUGUAUUUCCGUGGUUUGUAACAACUGGGUGAUGUGCUGAGGUAUUUUAUUAAGCUGGGGUCAUAUUUCCUACGCCAGAUAAUAUAGGUUUAUUUUUCUACAAAACAACUGUGAACAAAGAAAAUGUUAAUAACAAUCCAACAGCUCAUGGUCAUUUUUAUUCAUACCAACUCUUUAUUUCCAGAAUUUAAAACACUGAAAUCAGAUUUUCAAAUUGGCACGGUGGGAUGGAACUAUUUUUUGGUUUAUUUGUCCAAGGAUAGUUUUGAUAAGCCAUCAACAACAGCUGUUACUUUAAUUGCAAUCAGCUUUCCAGGAGUAUCCUAGAAAUAGUUAUAAAAAUUGAAUCCAAAAAUAUAAAAUACCUUUCAGAGGUGAAGAGAUUUUAUUUUCUGUUUAACAUUGGCACCUUUUAAAGGCUAUAAAAUAAUAAUAAUUUGGAAAUAACGUUGAAUGGAAAUACAGUUCCAUAACUUGCUGUACAUAGAUAAAGACCAAUUAAUAGACAUUUAAUGUGUUCAGCACUUACCUCUUAUGUGUGUAAAUUGUUUUGUUAAAUUAUGAAUGCUGAUAAUGCUAUUGUACUGAUUCAGUUACAUUGAAGGGUACAGAGUUUUACUGGACUAGGGAAUUUUAGCUAUAAGAGAAAGCUGUUUAGCCUGUGGAAAGCAGGAACUGCAGAUUUAAUUGCUGGUUUAGAAAAAAUGCUGGAGUAACUCAGGGGGUCAGGUAGCAUCCCAGGAGAACAUCUUCAGACUGAUCUUUACAGAAUUACAGGUGUUCUUUUUGGAUAGAGAAAACGGAGAAAAGGUUUGAUGGAAGUGUAUGAGGAUCCCGGUUAGCAUGGUUACUUCUUGCAACUAAGAAGUCAUUAAAAGACAAGUUGAUUCUUUUGUUCCUACACGUUUAUCACAAAUAUCCAGUAUUUACUUCACUGUAAGCAUGUGCCAUAUUUUUAUGUUCAAUAAAUUUAAGCUUAAAAAAAAGUAUUGGUUAAAAUAAUUUGGCAUUAUCAACCUUCUCCAAAUAAAACCAGUCAUGAAUUGA